GAUUAGGUUAGCCGGCAACCGUGUGGUGUACCUUCCAGUUCAAAUACAGUGUGCCCCGUUACCCAAAAUACACACUCGCACAUUCACACGCAUACAUACGCAUAUCUGCCUAACUGCGUAAAAGAGACAAGCACCUAAAGCCAUACACCCAUUUUAAGGAUACCUUCACACAGAGGCACAAGAAAUUAUUUUUGUUUUCAUUAGGUCAACAACAAAAAAAGAUGGGUCUUCUUUCCAUCAUCAAGAAAACAAAACGCAAGGAGCACGAAAUGCGCAUCUUAAUGCUUGGACUCGACAACGCCGGCAAGACGACCUGCAUCAAGAAGUUUUGCGGCAAAGACACCAGCUCCAUUAGCCCUACGUUGGGAUUUCAAAUUACUGCCUUCACGUUCCGUGAUUGCACCCUCAAUGUGUGGGACGUCGGCGGCCAGCAAAGCCUGCGCAGCUACUGGCGCAACUACUUCGAGAGCACAGACGGCCUUGUCUGGGUGGUGGACAGCAGCGACGUGGAGCGGCUGCAGAUGUGCAAGGAAGAGUUGCACCUGCUUCUUCAGGAAGAACGUUUAGCCGGAGCGAGUCUGCUGGUGUUUUUGAACAAAAUCGAUAUCCCUACGGCGCAGUCGCCGCAAGAGAUUGCGCGUCUGCUUGAUGUGGAUGCCAUUCGGCAAGGGAAGCGUCACGUUCACCUGUGCGCGUGCAGCGCGCGAACGGGCGAAGGGUUGCUAGAGGGGAUUUCGUGGAUGGUGGACGAUGUGUCAGAGCGCAUGUACUUUUCCACGUAG